CAAUUUUCCUUCGUCGAUAAUUAAUUAGUUCAAAAAAAUAAGAAAAAAGAAAUCAACGAUGGUCGAUAGGGGGAGGGGUAUCCGGUAAUUUGGAGACGGAGGGUACCACGUAAAUCCCAUAGAUAGUUGCGCUAAGCUUUCCUCGUCCUCGUCCUCGUCCUGUUGAGUUUGAGCUGCUGGGUUGGGUUUCAGUUCUCCUUCUAUUUCAUAUCUAUAUUUAUUCCUACUAGGUACCAUACAAACACGCACAAGUCCUGAGCGAUGACACUCAUCGGCGGCAUGGCCACCGGCGGCAUCGCUCCCUCUUUUCUUUCAGGUGGAAACCAUCUCAAGGGCUACCAACUUUGGUCCCCAAACUCCUCUUCCUUGGUCAAGACACCAACUCUGACAGUCCAAAAGAACUUCAGCCGUCGGAGACUUCCUCGCAAUUGGACUGUUCAUGCAACCUACAAUGAUCGUAGGGGUGGAGGUGGUGGUGAUUUUGUGGCUGGUUUCCUUUUAGGAGGUGCAAUUUUUGGGACACUUGCAUAUGUUUUUGCUCCCCAGAUAAGAAGAUCGCUUUUGAAUGAAGACGAGUACGGUUUCCGUAGGGCAAAGCGACCAAUUUACUAUGACGAAGGUUUAGAGAAAACGAGGCAGACAUUAAAUGAAAAGAUAAGUCAACUUAAUUCUGCUAUUGACAAUGUCUCUUCUCGGCUGAGAGGUGGCAAUAGCAUGCCUCCGGUGCCAAUUGAGGCUGAUCCUGAAGAAGCGACAAUGUAAGGCCUGCCUUUGUUGUGUGAUGAAGUGGUUUCCGUAUCCAGUUCAACUUGUUUCUGAAACUAUUGGACUCUUCCUAUCAAAGCCUAUUUCUAGAAGUAUUACUCUGUGCGCUUGAGGAGCCUAUUGUCAUUGCUCACUUUGUUUUUCACCCAAGAUCUUUUCUCUGUUUGAGAUUUCUUUCAUCCGUUCCAUAAUAAGGAAAUGGCUGGUACGCAGUAGAGUUAUUAGUUGGUAUUGGCUGCUGGUAACUUCUUAAUUGCUCAAACUUUGGGGACCUAUACAUUGUGUUUCAGUAUGAAUAUCAUCAUGGAAAAUAAUUUCAGACCA